AUGGCCGAGACGACAAAGCUAAGGCUAGUUCGUUGCCCAAAGUGCGAGAAUCUCUUAUCAGAGCCUGAAGAUUCCCCUUUUUUCCAGUGCGGUGGCUGCUUCACCGUUCUUCGUGCCAAAAUCAAGGAGCGUCAAGCAGAUUCGGUUUCAGACAAGUCUGUGGAAGAUAGAGCCAAACCGGUUUCAGUUAACUCCAGUAGUAGUUCCCCAGAAAAAGCAAUUGCGGAUUCUAGCGAAACAUCAUCCGACUCUGAUGUUCCAUCAAUCUCUGAAUCUUUAAGACACCAGCAAAACAUUCCAGUCGCUGUUGAGAGCGAUCCUCCGAAAGCUUUUGAUGCCGCCGGUAACAGCAGCUCUACAUUAGGUGAUAAAGAUGACCCGAAAUCUCAAUCGGGGAGACAAGAUUCCGGUUUGGACCGGUUAAGGCAAAGAACAACCAAGAGAUGUGACUCUGACAGUGUCAUCAACAACAGAUUAUCCACUUCAAAGCAUCCUUGUCAUGAAGGCCCUUCUUCUUCUUCCUCUACUACUGCUACUAACUACUUCCCAGAUUCACUCCACAAACAUUUGAAAGACGAAGCAAUCGAGCAAGACCGAGCUGGACUUCUGAGACAGUUGGAUAAGCUCAAGGAACAGCUUGUUCAGUCUUGCAAUGUAGCUAACGAGAAACCUAAAGAGCAACAGCUUCCAGUGAACAAGCAGCCUCCAAUGCGGUUUUACAGCUCGGGGAAUCACUCUGCUGCUGGUCCUUCUUAUUACCACCACCACCAACAACAACAACAACAACAACAACAUCCUGAUCCGCAGUUUCCUUACAACAGCAGCAACGAAGUCUCUAUGCAUCCUCAUCACAGGUUUCAGAUGCACGGAAGAGCUCCUCCUCCUCCAUACUUCUCCGGACAAUACGUUGGUAAUGGUCAUCAUGAUCUCUUUGACGCAUACCCUCAGCAGCAAAACGGUCAUUUUCAUCACUCGUCUUGCUCUUGUUACCACUGUUACGAUAACAAGUACUGGCGAGGAGUGAUCCCUGACGCACCUUACAACGCCGCCGGCUUUUAUCCUCAUGAGAGCGUUAUGGGUUUUGCUCCUCCACUGCAUAACCCUAGAACCUACGCUGCUGCUUCUUCCUUACGUGGUCUACCUCCUCAUGGAAGAUGGACUAGUGAGUCGGCUCUUUGGCGUGUCGGUCCUCCUCCUAAAGUUGUGUUAUCAGGCGGAUCUCGACAUAUCCGUCCUUUGGGAGGUGGUGCUCCGUUUAUCACCUGUCAACACUGCUUUGAGCUUCUCCAACUGCCGAAGAAACCAGAAGGAGGGAAGAAACAACAGAAAGUGCGGUGUGGAGCGUGCUCUUGUCUCAUAGAUUUAUCUGUCGUGAACAACAAGUUUGUGCUCUCGACGAACACAGCUCCAACGAGACAAGGAGAAGAAGCUCGUGGUGUAGAUUACACUUCCGAUGACUAUGAUCUUCGUGGCUACGUGUUUCACUCCUUGGAUGAUGAUGAUGCUCCGGGACUGAUCUCAGACAAGUCUCAAGAGAUGUUGCAGAAUGUUCAUUCUCAUUCCGCUACUAGCCUUUCUGAGGAGGAGGAGGAGGACGAGCUAAGCUCAGACAGUUUAACAGCUAAGCCACUUGCUCAAGCUCAAGAUUCGCCUCUACACGAGAACUUUGCUGAUUACUCGUCCAUCAAUCACGACCGGUCUGGAGCAGGAAGCCGUAGCUCUCGUUCAGAGAAAGACAGAGUGACGCUGAGCAAGACAAUGAGACAGAACUCGAUGAAAGAGGUUUCACUUGCGAGUGAGAUGGAUGUUUCUUACAAUGACUACUCUCAGUCUCACCAUAAUAACAGCGGAGGAGUAUCAUCAAAAGAUCAUCAUCAACAGCAGCAGAGAUCCAAGAAGAACGGAUUCGCCAGCAUUGUGAAGAAGAGCUUCAAGGAUCUGACGAAAUCCAUUCAGAGCGACGAAGGGAACAACAAAAGCAACGUUUCCAUAAAUGGACAUCCUUUGACUGAACGUCUGCUGAGGAAAGCAGAGAAGCAAGCCGGAGCCAUCCAGCCAGGAAACUACUGGUAUGAUUACAGAGCUGGAUUCUGGGGAGUAAUGGGAGGUCCAGGUCUUGGAAUCUUACCGCCGUUCAUAGAAGAGCUGAAUUACCCAAUGCCAGAAAACUGCGCAGGAGGGACAACGGGAGUGUAUGUAAACGGAAGAGAGCUUCACCGUAAAGAUUUGGGAUUGCUUGCGGGGAGAGGGCUGCCUCCAGACAGAGAUAGAUCCUACGUUGUCGACAUUACCGGUAGAGUCAUAGAUGAAGACACCGGUGAAGAGCUCGAUUGCCUCGGGAAACUUGCCCCAACGAUUGAGAAGUUGAAGCGUGGGUUUGGUAUGAGACUUCCAAGGACAGCUACUUGA